GACGCUACUGUACUAAAAACCCUUACUGGGCUUAAGUGGGCCUUAAAUAUAUUGCAAGUACUGGGCUUUAAACACACAAGUGAUCGUCCUCUUCCGUCAAAGCUGAGCUGAGUGAAAAAACCCUAGCAAGACGCGUCACUCUAUUUAAAGCCGAAAACCCUAAUUCCUGUCUUUCAGAUCUCUUCUCAAGCCGUCAACAAUGUCGAAGCGAGGACGUGGAGGAACCUCUGGUAACAAGUUCAGAAUGUCACUCGGUCUCCCCGUCGCGGCCACAGUGAACUGCGCCGACAACACCGGUGCUAAGAACCUUUACAUCAUUUCAGUGAAAGGAAUCAAAGGUCGUCUUAACCGAUUACCUUCAGCUUGCGUCGGAGACAUGGUGAUGGCCACUGUCAAGAAAGGAAAGCCUGAUCUCCGUAAAAAGGUUAUGCCAGCUGUCAUCGUUAGGCAGAGGAAGCCGUGGCGCCGAAAGGAUGGUGUCUUCAUGUACUUUGAAGGUAAAAAUAUAUAUACUUUCGUCUUAGUGUUCUGUCUUAAUCGAUAGCUUGCUUUGUUUUCUAAUGUUGAUUGAUUAUCCAGAUUAGUGUCAUGUUUACCGACACGUUUAGAGGGUAUAUUAUGCAAAACAGUCUGGUAAACUUAAGUGUGUUCUAUCGUUACAGAUGCUUUUAAUGCUUAAAAUGCUUGUAUCUGCUCCAUUUGAACUCGAUAUUUAUGUUGUUAAUGUAUUGCUUAGUUGCAUUAGUGAAUCUGUGUUCUUGUUUUUUCCCCAAGAUUUAGUCAUGUUCAGUAUUGUCAUUAGAGAUGUUAGUGAGCUGAGUAAAUUCAUGUGGUUGAAAUUAUAUCUCAGGCUUAAGUCAAGUAUCCACCGACACGUUUAGAGGGUGUUUGAUACGGUUACAAGUCUGGGAAAUUUAAAUUGUGUCUUUCGUUACAGAUGCUUUAUUGCUUUAACGCUUGCGUCUGCUCCAUAUGGACUCUACAUAUUACUCACUACUUGAUUGCUGUUUCUUUGCAGCUGUCUGUUGUAUGUAUAAUAGAUACUAAUUUGGUGGCUUGUUUGUACAUUUUGAUAGAUAAUGCUGGAGUGAUCGUCAACCCCAAGGGAGAAAUGAAGGGUUCUGCGAUCACUGGUCCUAUUGGUAAAGAGUGUGCUGAUCUCUGGCCAAGAAUUGCUAGUGCUGCCAAUGCCAUUGUCUGAUAAACAGACCAAUAACUAGUCUGUCUUUGCUCCCGUUUGAUUUGUCAUUCUGAAUCUUGUUGGUUUUCUAAAUAUAUGAAAACAAAUUGCAGAAUUUUGGUAGAUGGUAUUAUGAUUAUUCUGGUUAUUUAGACAUUUUUUGGGUCUUUCUUUUUAUGCUAUUUAAAACCUGC